AUCAACACCCCGAUACCUCCCUCGUCCACUUCCUACUCCAAUCCCCAACUGAAUCAGAGCACAACCAGUCAGAAAAAAUGGCCACAAUGGCGAAGCUCUCAUCCCCAGCAUUCGCAGGACAGAUUGCAAAAUCCGACUUCGCAAGGCAGCUGGCGGGUCUGAACGUCGGAGAGCGCGUGAACAUGCGGAGGGGCACAGCCAAGACCCUGAGCAAAUCGGUCUCGAGCUCCCCCUGGUACGGCCCGGACAGAGUGAAAUACUUGGGACCUUUCUCUGGUGAGCCCCCAUCUUACCUGACCGGUGAAUUCCCCGGUGACUACGGGUGGGACACAGCCGGUCUGUCAGCAGACCCGGAGACUUUCGCCAAGAACAGAGAGCUCGAAGUCAUUCACUCCCGGUGGGCAAUGUUGGGAGCUCUCGGGUGCGUUUUCCCGGAGCUUCUGAGCCGAAAUGGUGUGAAGUUCGGGGAAGCGGUUUGGUUCAAGGCGGGCGCUCAGAUCUUCAGUGAGGGUGGUUUGGACUACUUGGGAAACCCUAGCCUUAUCCACGCACAGAGCAUCCUUGCCAUCUGGGCAUGCCAGGUCAUCCUCAUGGGUGCCGUUGAGGGAUACCGUGUGGCUGGUGGACCGCUCGGGGAGAUCACUGACCCGCUUUAUCCCGGUGGGAGCUUUGAUCCCCUCGGUUUGGCUGAUGACCCAGAUGCUUUUGCUGAGCUCAAGGUUAAGGAGUUGAAGAAUGGCCGCCUCGCUAUGUUCUCCAUGUUUGGGUUCUUCGUGCAGGCUAUUGUUACCGGUAAAGGUCCUCUUGAGAACCUGGCUGACCAUCUUGCUGACCCUGUUAAUAACAACGCUUGGGCUUAUGCCACUAACUUUGUUCCCGGCAAGUGAGCGUCUUUGUCAUAGGAUUGUAGCCUGAUUUGAUUGUCUUUCGCACAGGAUUAUUGUAGCUCGAUUUGAUUAUGUUGUUGGAUGUGAAAGAUAUAAAAAUUUCAGGUUGCAUUUUGUCA